AGGUAGUUGCUGGCUGUUGUUGUUACCCUUCCUUUACCAUGGGAAAAGUUCACGGAUCGUUAGCUCGUGCCGGUAAGGUUAAGAAUCAGACCCCCAAGGUCCCCAAGCAGGAGAAGAAGAAGGCCAUCACUGGCCGCGCUCGCAAGCGUAUGCAGUACAACCGUCGCUUCUCUGCCAAGGUGACUGGUGGCCCUAAGAGAGGUCCCAACUCGAACCAAAAGUAAUGAGCUGGUUCGUGGACAUCAUCGUCGCCGUAACAGCCCAACUUGUUGCUACAACUACUUACUCG